UCCAUCGGUUGAGCAAACGGUCAACAGUCAGUGUGGCAUUUUUCUUCAUUCAAAGUUCGUUGCGCUUUGAUCGAGUUGAAAAUCGAAUUUUUUUGUGGUAUUUUUAAAAACGAAACAAAAAAAACAAGUGAAAAGAAACAAAACUGUGCCAUCGAAGUGUUGUAAGUUAAAGUGCAAAUUUUCUAACCAACGAAAGUGUUAAAGAAAAAGUAAAAUAAAUCAGCGCCAUAACGUGUGGCCGCUUAUCUUAUCGUCGAGUACAAUAAAACCUUUACAGUGAUUUUAUUCACUCAGUGCUGCUAACGCGUGUGUGUGGCUGUGCGGGCUUUCAUUACAUCCAUAACAUUCACUUCAAAGUGAAGGAAAGUGUAUCCUUGGGUGCGUUAUUUGAAUAUCCCGCUAAAGGAAGCCGUUUGAUGUUGGCUGCUGAUUAACUGCUGACCACCCGCAUACUGAAUGUGUGUACAGCCGUUGUCUAUGUAUGUGUGUGUCUGUGUGCGUUUAAUUCAGCCUGUGGUCGUUCGCAACACUACCCGUGAAGUUUGGCAUUAAUUAGCCGUACAGUUGGUGGAAGAAGGCCAACAAAAAAACACGACCGAACCAUAAAAAAAAAAUUUUUUGUCGGUAUAUACCGACAGGGGGAAAAAACUACAACCCCAAAGUGAUAAACGAACAGUAAAGGAAAUAGAAGAGAAGAACAAUACACCACCCAUUCACCAUCCGUCCCGUCCGCCCGUUCGCCCGGCACUCGUGUACGAUCGCACCCUAAUCAACCGAGAACGUCACAGGGUGCGUUUUUUAUGAUUGCAUCGUGAAAUUAUUAUUACCAUAAUCAUCAUCUUCUCCGCCCGGUGAGGCCAGCGAGCAGCAGAGCAGACAUUUGGAGGACGCAGCCGCUAGCCGGACAGCAUCUCGCAAGGAGCAGAGUAAGGAGUUUCUUUUUUCGCCUGCCCCAAAAGCGCACCCCAGUGCGCCCACCCAGUGACACGAUUGCGCUGCUCGACGCGAUGCCGGGUACCUGUCACCGGCUACGAAUACCUUCGAUCGUCUCCAGCCGCUCUUCCAAGAGCGGCGUCGGUACGUCCACCUCCUCCUCCUCAUCCUCCUCUUCCUCGGCCGCCGUCUGCACCGCAGCGGAUGACGAUCUGUUCGGGUGUGAGGGAGCCGUGCCGGCCUCCCCACCGGCCACGGUAAAGAAGGAACGGCACCGGGUCACGAUGAUGGGUGCGGCACGCGUGGGCAAAUCUUCGAUCAUCUCCCAGUUCCUGUACGAGAAGUAUCUGUCCCGGUACAAGCAGACGAUCGAGGAGAUGCACCGCGGCGAGUACGAGCUGCCGGACGGGUCGAGCCUGACGCUGGACAUCCUGGACACGUCCGGAUCGUACCAGUUCCCGGCGAUGCGCGCCCUGUCGAUCAACACGAGCGGUGCGUUCAUACUGGUGUACGCGGUGGACGACGAGGAGACCUGGAACGAGGUGGAACGAUUGCGGGAACAGAUCAUCUCCGUGCGAGGCACCCGCGUACCGAUCGUGAUCGUCGGCAACAAGGCGGACGUACCGGAGGAGGACCGGCAGAUACCGUUCAAGGUCGCCCGGUCCCGGGCCCUGCUCGAGUGGGGCUGCGGCUAUGCGGAAUGUUCGGCCAAAAACAACGAGGGCAUCCUGACCGUCUUCAAGCAGCUGCUGCGCCAGGCGAACAUCGAGUACAAUCUAAGCCCGGCCGUGCGACGCCGCCGGAAGUCGCUGCCGAGCUACACCGGUGCGACCAAUCCGGCCCGGGCCAACUCCGCCAAAUACUAUCUGAAGCGGCACUCCUGCUCGGUACAGUAAAUACUUGGCAGGUGGCAGUUUGAAGUUUGCAGGAGCUCGAAUAAUCUCACCACAACGAUACAUGAGAAACGAAAAAGCCGUUGCGCUGAUAGAACGGGGCAGAGCGGGCGCUGUUUGGUAGCGGUCCGCGUAGGUUAAGCACAAAUGAUGGGCAAAAUAAUUGGGAAUUAUGGCCACCAAGCUGGCGAAAAGGCCGAAAAGGUUUGCUGUAUGUUGUAAAUCGGUUUCACCGUUAAAUUUUGGGGGCACGCUUUUUGAAAAAACAGAGAAGAAAAACAAAACAUAAACAGUAUUUGCCGUUUACAAAAACCGUAACCAAAACCCGUAUUAGUACCAGUAUAUAAUUGCGCGGGGCUUCAGUUUGACGAAUUUACGUGUGUUUUUGUGCGUGGCAGUGGCGGCGCCGAGCGGGUGUGUGUGUGCGUGAAAUUUGAAUGGAGCAACUGUUGUUUGUAUUUUGGGGGCAGUGUGUGCAAGCAGUGAAAGAAGACUAGUUUUUUUACGCAUUUACCUUGGCUAUAUAUAUACACAUAAAUAGUAGAAAAUAAAAACAUACAAAAUCCAAAACGGAACAAAAAUCAGAACAAAUAAGCAGAAAGGAGAAAGAAAACAAACGCAAAACAACACUCCCUCCUCUCCCUUUUUGAUUGGCUACAGUGUAUUUGAUGUUUCUGAAGAAAAAAAAUAAACAAGAAUGCAGUCGUAAACAAAUCAGAAUUUAAGCGUAAAUCGGAACAACCCAAGUACGAAAGCUAAAGGGGAGGGCGAUGAUGAUGACGAUGGUGGUUGGAAUCGAAAAUUCAAUUUGACCAAAAUUGCUGCGUUUUGAUACUGAAGGGGUCAAGGGAAAAGGGGGGGGGGAGUAGCAGGGAGUAUAGAAGGGUGAGGGUUGGCAAGCACGACCUCCCCCCCCUUACGUUUGUUGCACUGUUUGGCAUUGGCGCUUUCGCAUUGGCUUGGCCGGGUGAAAUGGCGUUGUUGUUGUUGCUGGUUUCUGCUGUGAGAAGGAUAUAUAAUAGAAAAAAGUGCGCUUUGCACGCUUGGCGCAGGGAAAGCCGAAGGGAACUGGAAGAGGGAAUUCCCUGAAAAAGGAACCCCUGCUAAUGGCGGUUUGGUAGAAAAAAAAUGCAAAAAAAAGAGAAAGAGACACACAGAGUUGGAGAGAAUUCAAUGUCUUUGACGUAUUUUGAACCUGCGUACGAUGCGUAUACUUUUAUGCUGAAAUAUACAAUAAAAGAAAAACAAUAACAUAUAUGAAAAUAC